GACUGCAGAACAGCUCAUCAUCGGCAAUCAGAGUGGCAGCUGCUGUAGCAGCAUUCAACCUGCACACAAGAAAGGCCAGACGAUGCACUCGGGGGAAGGAUGGCUGAACAAUGCCCAAUUCCAACAAGCUCCGUGGUAACUUGACGAUCUCCUCCUUUUUCUCUCCGGUUCGGGUAACUGGCAGUGCCGGCGCAGCAGCCAACGCUGCAAGGAGUGUCAGCGCGGAAAACGGAAGCAGAUAUUAUGAGAAUGCAGUCAAUGAGACAUUCAGAGAGUUUGGUCCGCCCACGAAAAAGCUAAAACUGGACGUCAACAGCAAGGCUCUUGCCCAUUCCAGGAGCGAAAGCAACGUCCUCCUGACGGCUGCGGACAAACUCUCCCGCUGGCGAUUUGUCGAACCAUCAUGUUCCACUCACAUUGAAUCAUUAGGGCAGAACAAAGAACCGACAUCGGAUGGCAUUAGCGAAGAAAGCGUGGAUCAAUCAUUUGAAGAGCUCCAACGACAUGAAGCAUUCCGCAGAACGCUCUUGAGUGGCGAUGUGCUUUCCCGAAAUUUUGGCUACUUGAGCGAAACUGCCAGCCGCCCAGAAGCCUAUUUAGAGUGGAAACAGGACUUCAGUGCAAGCGGUGCGGGUGGCGAGGUUGCUGAAACGGAGUUUCAGCGUGACCGUGCCAAUUCGAUCAGUGAUGACAGCGACCUUGAAGAGAUACAGCAACAGGACAAGGGUGAGGGUGAGGGACUGAUACGGUUCAGCUUGCUGAAAUAUUCCGCACAUUCUGCCGAAGAUAAUGGGCGAAAGGCGAAAGUCCCUGCGGAUUGCACGAAGCCUGCAUUCAGAAGUGAAGCGAAAGGGAAAGCCAACGAGAAAGCAGUUGGUCCGUCCGGUCUACCGUACACGCCACUUGAGGAACAGAUUAUCGAACUUAAGCGCAACUAUCCUGGUGUGCUUUUGAUCGUCGAGGUCGGGUACAAGCUCAAAUUUUUUGGCGAAGAUGCACGAAUUGCUAGCCGCCACCUGAAUGUAGCCUGUUUUCCAGACCGCAACUUCCUCACUGCAAUGGUUCCAGUGCAUCGCCUUCAUGUGCACGUACGCACGCUCAUCUCAGCAGGCUACAAGGUCGGUGUCGUGCGACAGACCGAGACGCGAGCAUUGAAAGCCAUGUCAUCGAAUGCCUCCAAACCCUUCACUCGCAAGCUCACAGGCGUGUACACCGCAAGCACUUGGGUGGAAACCCUCUCCGCUGGCGGUGGUAUGGAUGGCGAUGUGGACGCCAACGGGCCUGGCAACUUAGCCAAUCACAGUCUAGUGGCAAUCGUUGAGAAGUCGGAGGACAGUAAGAACAACACAGAGGAACGUGUAACCAUUGGAAUUGUAUGCGUGCAAGUCUCCACGGGUCAGGUCAUCUGGGACCAAUUUGAAGAUACCAGGAUGAGGAGUGAACUCGAGACACGACUCGCGCAUUACAGUCCGAUCGAGAUUCUCAUGCCUCCGAAAGGCAGACUAUCGCGUCUCACCGAAAAGAUCAUGAAGUACACGGCAGGCAAAGGCACCAGCGAUGGCCGACCAAUUCGGACGGAGCGAUGGCCAGAGGACCAAAUUCUGUCUUACAACGAAGCACUCAACGUGGCCACUGAGACAGUACAGACAAGCAAGCAGGCGGAUGAAGCAGCCAAAUCGGCAAUGCUUGCGAUCAUCCUUUCACUUCCACAUCUCGCGCUGCUCAGCUUUGCCGCUUGUGUCUCGCAUCUCAAGUCUUUCGGACUUGAUGCACUCUUUCAGCGGGCCUUCAACUUCUCCUCCUUUGCAUCUCGUUCCACUAUGCUUCUCACUGCCAACACUCUCAAGAAUCUCGAGAUCUUCCGCAACGGGACCGACGGGCGGGAGAAAGGGUCUUUGCUCUGGCUCGUCGAUCGGUCUCAGACGGCGAUGGGCAAGCGUCUGCUCCGCAAGUGGCUCGGCCAACCGCUCACCGACAUGAAGGCGCUCAGGCAUAGAUUGGCCGCGGUGGAGGAGGUUGUAGACAAAUCAUCACAAUCUGCGACGCUUGGCAAGGCACUGAGAUUGCUCAAUGGCCUGCCCGACCUCGAGCAAGGCCUUGCGCGGCUAUCCUACGGACGGAGUUCCCCUUCAGAAUUCUCAAAAAUAUUGAUUGCGCUCAAUCGAGUCACUACAGAAUUCGACUUCAAGAGGGCAUCUGAUGUGCCACUGAGUAGUCAAAUGUUGACAGACGGCAUUUUCUCUCUUUCUGAGGGACGCGAAGUCUGCAAGCAAGCUCUUUCAGCGAUCAGCGUGGUCGCAGCGCGCGAAGACAAUAAAAUGGAUCUUUUCGCAGAUCCGGAGCAAUUCCCGUUACUUCAAGACGUCAAGGUCUUACUCAGUGUCAACGAGACAGAAUUCAAUGAGCACCUAAAGGAGCUGCGCAUCGAGCUUAAGAGACCUUCUUUGCAGUAUACCACUGUAGCCGAUAAGGAGUAUCUAGUCGAAGUUAGGAAGGGUGACGCAAACAAGGUUCCGUCCACCUGGAUUCGCAUCAACUCUACUACGAAAAUGGUCCGCUUCCAUUCGCCGCGCAUUGUCGCUCUUAUCAAACAACGUGACCAGCUCAAAGAGACAUUGCAGCUCGAAGCCGACAACGCCUACAAGACGUUUGUCCAGGAAUUCAUGAACACCUACAUCCCAUUGCGUAACGUAGUCGCUUCUCUCGCCACGUUGGACGCCCUGAAUUGUCUUGCGCGGCUUGCAUCGCUUCCGAACUUUUGCCGUCCUGAGAUGGUGGAAAGCCAUGCAGAGUCGACAGGCCUCAUUGAAUUGGAGGACUUUCGACAUCCGAUGAGCGAAGCGAUGCAUAUAUCCCACUACGUCCCUAACUCUAUCAAGCUUGGAGAGACGGGGUCGAAAGGAAUACUACUCACCGGCUCAAACAUGGGCGGUAAGAGCUCGACAGUACGAGCGAUCGCGCUGUGCGUCAUCCUUGCUCAGUGUGGCGCAUACGUGCCAGCCCGAUCAGCCCGUCUCAGCUUGCAUGACUCAGUGCUUACCCGGAUGGGAGCAAGCGAUGAUCUUGCAAACGGACGUUCUACCUUCCGGGUCGAGAUUGAAGAAACAGCUGAAAUUCUACGCGCAGCAACGGGGCGCUCGCUGGUAAUCCUUGACGAACUAGGUCGGGGAACCUCGACAAAUGACGGCACUGCCGUCGCAUACGCUGUCUUACGGGAGCUGAUGAGCCGACCCAUUUACAGAUGUCCAACCACUCUGUUCAUCACGCACUAUUUUUCUCUCGGCUCUGUCGCCUCACUUCCAGAUCUGCAAGGCAGGCUGGUCAACAUGUACAUGGCUUACUCCGAACAAGUCGAUGAGGAGACAGGGCGUCAGGAGAUCAUCUUCCUUUAUCGCCUGCGGAAGGGCAUGGCGAACAGCAGUUUUGGCAUCCAUUGUGCGUCCCUCGCUGGCUUACCCGAGCCACUUCUACAAGAAGCCACUUCUCAAGCGGAGCGUUUUGAGCAGGAGGUGGAGCAAAGGUGGAAGGAGAGACACCAUAAGCAUCUUGCUCGCAUUGCCAAGGCGUUAUGGGGGAGCCCGAAAGGGCAGUUGACCGAGGGCUUAAACUUCGUGUUGCAAGAUGUCGCCAUUGCAAGUUCCCAUCGAAGAAUUCAUGCCUGGGCACAGUGCAAGUACGCAACAUAUCAAUAGUAUUAUUUCGCGGGUCUUAAGUCAAU